AUGAAGCCCAAGCCUGAGCACCCAGCCGUCUUUAAGCCCCUCCUCCUCGACCUCAACGACCUGAACUCGGUCCGAACAGCAGCCUCCGAAUUUUCCGUGCAGGAGAACCGCCUCGACAUACUCUGGAACAACGCGGGCAUCGGCGCUGACGCCGUGCCGGUCCAGUCAAAGACCGCCCAAGGCCUGGAGAAAUUCGUGGGGAUGCACUGCGUUGCCGCACUCCUGUUCACUCAACUGCUGCUACCCCAGCUCCAAUAUGCGGCAAAGAAUUCUCAUCCGGGCGCAGUCCGUGUUGUGUGGCUGUCGAGUAUCAUGGCGGAAUCCCAUGUCCCCGCGGACGGGAUUGACUUCAGCAUCUUGGCUGCCGGGUGUCCGAAUGGCAGGCGCAACUACGCCAGGUCGAAAGCCGGGAACUGGAUUCUUGCACAUGAGUAUGCUCGCAGGUAUGGCCAACACGGGAUCAUCAGCGUGGCGGCGAACCCGGGAAACCUGAAAACAAACGCGUUCCAAGGGGCGCCGUCGAAGUUCAUGGCGGUGGCGGACCGUCUGUUUCUUUACGAUGCGAAAUUUGGUGGGUACACCGAGCUGUAUGCUGGCUUCUCGCCGGAAAUCACCGUGGAGAAUAAUGGCGCGUACAUUCUUCCGUUCGGCAGGGUACAGCCUGAAGAACAAAUUGGCCGGCCGGACAUAUUGGCGAAGCUGAAAUCAGAGGAGGACAAUCUGGGUGAGAACUUCUGGAAGUGGUGUGAGGACCAGGCAACCUCAGUAAUAGCAGCGGAGGCAUGA